CAAAAUGCGGUUGCAAAUCAGUGUUCUCGCGCUUGUGAUCAGCAUCGCGAUUGUCGAUUUUGUGUUCGGACACGACGAAGCCCACGAAAAAGCUAAGUAUCGCGCGGAAAUGAACAAAGGCGGGGUGGAGUACGAUGAAGGAGACCUGAUGGAUGACAUGCGGAUGUUCGGAGACGUCAAGUCCUUUUUGGAGUCUGACACUAUGAAGCAGCUCGCGAGCAAUCUUGGGAAAGGAGGGCUCUCACCCGAGUCACUGCUGUCUGUGGCUGGCAAUUUUCUAGGAGGCAACAACAAGCCAAGUGGGAAAGGCAAAGACCCGACUGCAUCUUUGUCGGACACGCUGGAUAUGUUGACCAAAGGUGCCGAGAUGCUGGGUCAAAUAUUUCCGCCGAAUCCCAACGACGAUGACGAUGAGGAGAAUGUGAUCAACGUAGAAGACGACGAUGAUUUGCAGGAAUCCGUGGGCACUAAAAGAUCCGGCGCUGGUGCGAAACGUGGUCGGUCUGAUGAUGACCCCUUGCAGGCCAUUCUAGGUCAAGUUCUUCAGUCGGGGCCAUUGCAGAACACGUUGAUGAACGUUGUUGGGGGAUUGCUGAAUCAGGGUGCUUCAGAAAGUGCUUGCAAGGUGAUGGGCAGAGAAAAGGCGUCGGGAUCAAAGAGUGCGGACAACCCUUUUGAUGGUGUUGUUGAUGUUCUGCUCUCCGCUGCGAUGGAGCAUUUCGGCAAUAGCGAAGGCAAACCUCUACCGGCAGCUGACAAAAAACAAGCUGCAGAAAGCAGCAGCAGUCCGUCAUCUUCGAGAAGAUCAGAAGCAGCAGCCGAUGCCGACGAAUCAGUACCCACAGUGGGGAAAAAAGUACCGGAACGAAAAAUCAACGGUACGAAACCAACGAGACAAGUCGAUCAAGAAGACCUGUUUGAUGCCCUGAAGAAGAACGGCAUUGACAUCGACGGAGUAAAAGAAAACCUGGGUUCAGUCUUCGACACGAAACCCGAACAGGGGCAAAAGAGCAACCUGAGUUCCAAAUCCGCGGAAAAUUUGAAAAAAUCGUCACAGACACAAGACCUUAUCUCGGAAGCAUUGCUAGAAUGGGCUGAAUCCGCCAGUACGGAAAAUCAAAAGGAAGCUCGGCGAGUCGUGGUGAACGUCAUCAAGAAGGCCUUGUUUAACUUCGCUUCGUACGGAAAGUCCAUGGACUCGAGCAAAUUUAUGCAAGAUCUCGCCACUGCCAACUUUGCCAUCAAGCCGAAGAUCGCCGACUUGAUCAAGAAGUACAAGAUUGAUUCCGAUUUCGAG